AUGCCGGUGGAUAUAUUGACGAAGGCCUUAUUUGAUGGACCUGAAACAAUUCCCGGUUGGGAAUAUAUAAAGACAUAUGGUCCAGUAUUGGCUACAUUAGGUGCGAUCAAAUAUUACUUCAGAGGUGCCACCAAUACUUGGGAAAGAGAUCUUCAUGGGAAAGUCUUUUUAGUGACGGGUGGUACAUCUGGUGUUGGAGCACAAGUGGCUUAUGAAUUGGCCGCUAAUGGUGCUGAAGUGAUUCUUCUUGUGAGAUCUACUGAAGAUAUUUGGAUUGUUGAUUUUGUUAAUGAUAUGAGAGAAAGUACUAAUAAUAUUUUGAUUUAUGCUGAAGAAUGUAAUUUAAAUUCAUUAUAUUCAAUUAGAAAAUUCGCUACCAAAUGGUUGGAUAAUCAACCUCCUAGAAGAUUAGAUGGUGUGAUAUGUUGUGCAGCAGAUGUUAUACCAACUGGUGUUGCUAGACAAGUUACUCUUGAUGGUAUUGAAAAGCAAUUGGGAAUUAAUUAUUUUGCUCAUUAUCAUUUAUUAACAUUGUUAAAACCAUCUUUAACAGUUCAACCUCCUGAUAGAGAUGUAAGGGUAUUGGUUACUACAUGUUCAUCUCAAGUGGCAGGAACUGUUGAUCUUGAAGAUUUAUUAUGGGAAACAAAACCAUAUCCAAAGAGAUCACCUACUAAGGUUUAUGGUACUUCUAAAUUAUUAUUAGGAUUAUUUGCUAGAGAAUUUCAAAAGAGAAUAAUGGAAUAUGAAAGAAAAGAUGGUAUGAAAUGUAAUGUUCGUAUAAAUAUUGUUAAUCCUGGACUUAUGAGAACUCCAUCUACUAGAAGAUUAAUUGGAAUGGGAUCACUUUGGGGAUUAUUACUUUAUUUAAUUUUAUAUCCUAUUUGGUUUUUAUUUUUAAAGAGUGCAAGACAAGGAGCUCAAUCAUAUCAUUUUGCCAUUAAUGCUCCUAUAUUUCCCAAGAUUGAAGGAGGUAAUCUUAUUCAAGAAUGUAAGAUUAAUACUAAAGUUAGAUCAGAAUUUAAUGAUUUAGAAUUACAAGAAGAAUUAUUUAAUAAAACGGAAUCAAUCAUUAAUGAUUUAGAAAAGAAAUCAGCUAUCAUUAGAAAUAGUCAAAAAUCAAAACUGGAAAAAGCCAAAGAAAAGAAAGAAGAAGAUCAAAAGAAAUCUGAUCUUGCUAAACAACCAAAAUCAACUGAAGAACUUGAUUUUAAAUUGAAUCAAUUAAGAAAUGAUAUAGGUCUUGGAGUAGGACAAGUUAAAAAUCCUGAUGAUUUACCAUUAUUCCCCACUGAAGAUGAAAGGAAAGUCAUAAGUGAUAAUAAAGGUAAGGCAAAGAGUAAUCAAAAAGGUAAAUCUAAAUCUAAAUCGAAGAAAACGUAG